UCAGCCAGCGAGGCCGCGCGCUGGCGGGUCCCGCGUGUCCCGCGGGAGGGGCCGAGCCCAUGUUCCUCCUCCCUACCGGUCCCAUCCUUAAAGCACGAGUUCCGACGCCCCGCCUGUUGGGAGCGGGCGCCGGGAUCGGGACAGCGAGCCGCCGGGGCAGGCCAGGGCCUACCGAGGAGGGCCCGAGACCACGGAGCCGCCGCGGCUGGCACGCGAGCGUCUCGGUGUGUGGGAGCUGCGAGGGCAGGGGUCCCGGGCGCCAUUGCUGGUCGUCAGAGAGCCGCCUGGACCUCGUCUGCCCUCAGCGGCGCUUCUCCGGUCGAGAGGAGGCAUAGCUUGGGGCCGUCGCCACCCCCCCCCCCCGGCCCGGUGUCGUGAAUUGUGUGCCUCAUCUACCGCCCGCGUCGGGCCGCCGGGGCCGAGACGAUGUUUGACAAGACGCGGCUGCCGUACGUGGCCCUUGAUGUGCUCUGCGUGUUGCUGGGAUGAAGAACGGCUCUGGUGGUAUUUAGCUGGUGAAAGUGCUGGAUUGCCUUUUGCAAUUCUUACUUCAAGGCAUACCCCCUUCCAACGAGGAAUAUUCUGUAAUGAUGAGUCCAUCAAGUAUCCUUACAAAGAAGACACCAUACCUUAUGCGUUAUUAGGUGGAAUAAUCAUUCCAUUCAGUAUUAUUGUUAUGAUUAUUGGAGAAGCCCUGUCUGUUUAUUAUAACCUCUUGCACUCGAAUUCCUUUAUCAGAAAUAACUACAUAGCCACUAUUUACAAAGCCAUUGGAACAUUUUUAUUUGGUGCAGCUGCUAGUCAGUCCCUGACUGACAUUGCCAAGUAUUCAAUAGGCAGACUGCGGCCUCACUUCCUGGAUGUAUGUGACCCAGAUUGGUCAAAAAUCAACUGCAGUGUUGGUUACAUUGAAAACUACAUAUGUCGAGGGAAUGCACACAAAGUGAAGGAGGGCAGAUUGUCUUUUUACUCGGGCCACUCUUCGUUCUCCAUGUACUGCAUGCUGUUCGUGGCACUUUACCUUCAAGCCAGAAUGAAGGGAGACUGGGCAAGACUCUUACGCCCCACACUGCAAUUUGGUCUUGUUGCUGUGUCCAUUUACGUGGGCCUCUCUCGAGUUUCUGACUACAAACACCACUGGAGUGAUGUACUGACUGGACUCAUUCAAGGAGCCCUGGUUGCAGUAUUAGUUGCAGUGUAUGUAUCCGAUUUCUUCAAGGAGAGAAAUUCUCCUUUUAAAGAAAGGAAAGAGGAGGACUCCCAUACAACUCUGCACGAAACACCGACGACGGGGAAUCACUUUAGGAACAGUCACCAACCUUGAAGGUAGAUAAAACUGGCCCGCUUUCUAAAGGAAAAGGAUUGCAACCAGAAGACAGAGGAUGAGUUUUCUUCAUGGUGUACAAACCUUUAAGGGACUGCUGCUGCUAUACCUCUUGGAUGCCCACUUUACCUGUGUGUAUAUAGUUACAUUUAACACCAUGGUUCUCUAAUAGCGCUGAGUUCAUUAAAAAAAAUUUCAAGCCUUUCACUAAAACAAUGCCCACCUAUACAUUUUUAUUAAAAAAAUGUAAUGCUUAUGUACAAAUGUGUAUGCAAUAAUAUGCUUUCUUAGAAUGAUGCCUGAUUGAAGUAUGAUACAUAUUAAAAUGUUUCAGUACAACUGCCUUGACAUGGGAGAACCAAAUCAACACUCCUGUAAGCAUUUGUAGUCAGCUGUAAUCAGGUGGUGCAAAAUUUAAAACCCCACAUUCGUUUAGCUGACUCUUUAUAAGUAGAGGCUGGCAGCAAACACAAUAUCCCUCUUGAUUUUGGUGAUUCCUAAGAGAAAAGAAAAGAUGGUUUAAGCUUCCAAGACCACAAAGACUGUGAUUCCCUUGCAGGGGGGGCGGGGGAAGAGGUUAAUACAACAAUCUCGAUGAUACAAAACCUUGCUGGUCUAAAAGAUAGAGGAGUUCACAGGCACCUCUGAGAGGAGAGGAGGGUAACUUAGAAACCAGACUCCUGCUCCUAUGACUCUGGACUCAGAAGUAUCCCGGUUCCUGUGUGUGUGCAGAGCCGUGACAGGGUCUCUGACUAUGCACAAAGACCCACUAAGGGAAGGACUAAACCGUCAAAAGUAGUAGUUAGUUGACCCAAAAGCAUGAAUUCUCAGCCUACUUCAGGAGACACUUUAUUUUCACUUACCACUUGAGAUUCUUUCUGGACUAAGGGAGGACAAACAAAUUUCAUUAUUUAGUAAACUCUGGUUGAUUAAAUAGGUCUGCCCCAUCAACCAUAUGGAAACAGUACCCAGUUUUUGCACACCUCUUCUUAGGACACUGUUUAGCAGAAAUCAUUAGGGGUUGUGACUACAUGAGCAACUAACAGAGCGACAAGGUGGCCGCUAUUCUUUGAUGUGUUAACUCACAGCCCUUUUUCUUGGCAAAUACUCAGACGGAACAAACUGUAAGCAUGUUAUAUACUCCCUCCGACCCCCUGCCCGCCUCCAUUACUACCACCUUGGACUGGCCAUCCUUUCUUUUUUGGUCUUCCUACUUCCACCUUGCUGAUCUACAGACUUCCCUACAAUGCAACAGCAAGAACUGCCAGAGCACCGCACUCCUGGGGUCAAAAUCUCCAAUCAUUUCAGGAAAAAGCUGGGAGCUGGGGGGUAACAUGAUCAUCUCUUUUCUCCUUCCUACUGUUCUACUCACUGGUCUUGUACUCUUGCUUACGUCUAUCAAGCAUACAUGAAGGGCCUCGAUACCACCUUUCGAGUGGGGGCCCUAGGCCAUCUCAUCUGUCCCUCAAUUCCUGUUGUCUCUUCCUUUCUUUCCUGUAGACUUAUCACCACCUGAAAUACUUUAAUUGUUGACUUGUUUAUUGCAUGUCUCCCUACACUAGAAUGUAAGCUCCAUGAAGGCAGGGAUUUGUGGGUUUUUUGUUCACUGCUGUAUCCCCUGGUGCUUAAAACCAUGCCUGCACAUAGUACACAAUAAAUAUUUAUAAAUGAUUACA